CGUCCUAACAAAGGAACAAUGAAGCUGCAGGAAGCCUACUAGGCAAAGAGAAGGGAAUUUGAGUUUCUAGGGUGGCCAACCGUGGGGAAGGAAAAUAGAGAAAUUUGCUAGAACAAAAAAAGGACUAAUUCAGAAGGUUCCUGGGUUCCCCAAGAAUCCUCUGCAGUCUGGUAAGGGCCUGCACGUGUCUCUGGUUGAGCAUCAGUCUUUCCAGAUAACGGAAGCAUGGACGCAUUCACAUGCGUGUGCUCCUGACCUGGACAAACAGGAAAGUUGAGAGCUUUCCUUGUGCCCGCUUGGUUUAUUUUCACUUAUGUAAUUAAAAAAAAAAAACUUAUACCACAGUGAUAUAUUCUAAUACAUUCUAUGCCUUCUAUGCCUGCCUAAAUGCCCCCCCCCACACACACACACCUGCUGUGAGUAUCUUGAAACUAAAAGUAUGUAAGCCUCUCCUUUGAAUUUGGCCUUUGUCAGUUCCUCCUCAUAACCGCUGCCCUUCUGGACCACAAUAUCCUCAAGGGUGGCGUUUUCAUUCUGGUGUGUCUGCGGCUUGCAUCUCUCACACUGCCAACCACACAGCUAGACAUGCAGAAGGCUUUUCAGAAACGCUGGUAUUUAUGGGUGUUGUGGGUACACUGAGCGAGCCACCAGUGAGUUCUGCCCUCUGUGCACCACGUCAGCAACUUCACACAUCCACUCCUAAUGUCACUGCCAUUCAGGUGUCAGAAAAUAAGUAAAUUCUGAGAACGCACCGCAAAUAAGUUAAUGAACCUAAAUUCGGUUCUGUCCGAUUUACCCAUCUACCCAAUGAACAGUUUGCUAAUGAAGACUUUUACCAGGAAAGUUAGAAUAACCUUCAUUUACACUAACAGCUGGAGGCUGUGGGGAACUUCAUCAAAGACCAGGUUCAUUCUAUACAUUGACCAACCUCAACUGUUCACUUGGGGGUCGCACAGCUCUGCACGCCCCUAAUCUUAACUCCCUUAGUACCUGAAUGGCGAUUUCAUGGCCAGCUUGUUUAAUUCAAAUGGGAUCCUUCAAUGACUACCCAGAUGUGUUUGCUUUUAUGUAAAUGACCCCAUGAGCUGUUCCACCAUUUAAUCGCCCGUAUUUUUCCUCUCUCAACCGAGGUCUCGGUGUGAUUAUCAUCGGCUUAGCCGUGACAGUGACAGCCAUCACUGGUUUAUCCACCUCUGCCAUCGCCACAAAUGGAUAUGUCAGAGGAGGUCUUGGAGUUCUUAUAAUUCUUCUUUCCACCAUGGUAACCUCUAUCACUGGGUUGUCAACUUCUGCAAUAGCAACCAACGGGUUUGUUCGUGGAGGUCUGGGAGUCAUCAUCAUCGGCCUGAGCGUAGUGGUGACAACACUCACAGGUAUUUCUAUGUCUGCUAUUUGCACAAACGGAGUAGUUCGAGGAGGAGGAGCCUACUACCUGAUUUCCCGGAGCUUAGGGCCCGAGUUCGGAGGGUCUAUAGGCUUGAUCUUUGCUUUCGCCAAUGCAGUGGCUGUCGCCAUGUAUGUGGUGGGGUUCGCAGAGACUGUGGUAGAUCUCCUUAAGGAGAGUGAUUCAAUGAUGGUGGAUCCGACCAAUGACAUCCGGAUAAUUGGCUCCAUCACCGUGGUGAUUCUCCUAGGAAUCUCAGUAGCUGGGAUGGAGUGGGAAGCGAAGGCCCAGGUGAUUCUCCUGGUUAUUCUUCUCAUUGCCAUUGCAAACUUCUUCAUUGGAACCGUCAUUCCAUCCAACAACGAGAAGAAAUCUAGAGGCUUCUUCAACUACCAAGCAUCCAUAUUUGCAGAAAACUUUGGGCCAAGCUUCACGAAGGGUGAAGGCUUCUUCUCUGUCUUUGCCAUCUUUUUCCCCGCUGCCACCGGGAUCCUUGCUGGUGCCAACAUCUCUGGAGACCUGGAGGACCCCCAGGAUGCCAUCCCCAGAGGGACCAUGCUGGCCAUUUUCAUCACCACUGUUGCCUACAUAGGUGUUGCUAUCUGUGUAGCGGCGUGUGUGGUCAGAGACGCCACUGGAAGCAUAAACGACACCAUCGUUUCUGGGAUGAACUGCAACGGGUCCGCAGCCUGCGAACUGGGCUACGACUUCUCAAGAUGUCAGCAUGAACCUUGUCAGUACGGGCUGAUGAACAAUUUUCAGGUCAUGAGCAUGGUGUCAGGGUUUGGCCCCCUCAUCACCGCGGGGAUCUUUUCAGCAACACUCUCCUCGGCCCUGGCCUCCCUCGUCAGUGCGCCCAAAGUCUUCCAGGCCCUGUGCAAGGACAACAUCUUCAAAGGACUGCAGUUCUUCGCGAAGGGCUAUGGGAAAAACAACGAGCCCCUGAGAGGAUACCUCCUCACUUUUGUGAUCGCCAUGGCAUUCAUUCUCAUCGCGGAGCUGAACGUCAUCGCCCCCAUCAUCUCCAACUUCUUCCUGGCCUCAUACGCACUUAUUAAUUUCUCCUGCUUCCAUGCCUCAUACGCCAAAUCUCCAGGAUGGAGGCCGGCAUAUGGGAUUUACAACAUGUGGGUAUCUCUUUUUGGAGCAAUUUUGUGCUGUGCAGUCAUGUUCGUCAUCAACUGGUGGGCAGCUGUCAUCACCUAUGUCAUCGAGUUGUCCCUCUAUAUCUAUGUGACUUAUAAGAAGCCAGAUGUGAACUGGGGUUCCUCCACCCAGGCGCUUUCCUAUGUGAGCGCUUUAGACAAUGCUCUGGAAUUAACCACAGUGGAAGACCAUGUGAAAAAUUUCAGACCCCAGUGCAUUGUCUUAACAGGGGGACCCAUGGCAAGACCUGCUCUCUUGGAUAUAACUCAUGCUUUUACGAAGAACAGCGGCCUCUGCAUCUGCUGUGAAGUCUUUGUGGGCCCUCGCAAGCUGUGUGUCAAGGAGAUGAACAGCGGCAUGGCUAAAAAACAGGCCUGGCUCAUAAAGAACAAAAUCAAGGCUUUUUACGCAGCAGUGGCAGCAGACUAUUUCCGAGAUGGUGUCCGGAGUCUCCUUCAGGCCUCAGGCUUGGGGAGAAUGAAGCCAAACACUCUAGUGAUUGGAUAUAAAAAGAACUGGAGGAAAGCUCCCUUGUCAGAGAUUGAGAACUACGUGGGAAUCCUACACGACGCCUUUGACUUUGAGAUCGGUGUGGUCAUCGUCAGGAUCAGCCAAGGGUUUGACAUCUCUCCAGUUCUCCAGGUCCAAGAUGAACUGGAGAAACUGGAGCAGGAGCGGCUGGCUCUGGAGGCCGCCAUCAAAGACAAUGAGAGUGAGGAGGGGAAGGGAGGCAUCCGGGGCUUGUUUAAGAAAGCUGGCAAGCUGAACAUUACCAAGCCAGCUCCGAAGAAAGAGGGCAACAUCAACACCAUCCAGUCGAUGCAUGUCGGGGAGUUCAACCAGAAACUGGUGGAAGCCAGUGCUCAGUUUAAAAAGAAACAAGGAAAAGGCACUAUCGAUGUGUGGUGGUUGUUCGAUGACGGAGGGUUAACGCUUCUUAUUCCAUAUAUCUUGACUCUCAGAAAAAAAUGGAAAGACUGUAAGUUAAGAAUCUACGUUGGAGGGAAGAUCAACCGUAUUGAAGAGGAAAAGAUUUCAAUGGCUUCUCUCCUCAGCAAAUUUAGGAUAAAAUUUGCAGACAUCCAUAUAAUUGGAGACAUCAACAUCAAGCCGAACAAAGAGAGCUGGAAAGUCUUUGAGGAGAUGAUUGAACCUUAUCGGCUCCACGAAAGCCACAAAGAUUUGACCACUGCUGAGAAAUUAAAAAGAGAGAGUCCGUGGAAAAUUACAGACGCAGAACUGGAAGCCGUCAAGGAAAAGAGUUACCGCCAAGUCCGGCUGAAUGAGCUCUUACAGGAACAUUCGAGAGCCGCCAACCUGAUCGUGCUGAGCCUUCCAGUGGCGAGAAAAGGAUCUAUAUCGGAUUUGCUGUACAUGGCGUGGUUGGAAAUUCUGACCAAGAACCUGCCUCCUGUGUUACUGGUUAGAGGAAAUCACAAAAAUGUCUUGACAUUUUACUCCUAAAGAGUGAAAGAUGAGAAAUGUUGCAUCUUGACAUCUAAAUAUGAAAUGCAUCUGGUACUUUGUGUUCUAAAACCUCGUCUAUAGAUGUACAAACCUCCGGAGACUAGUCUACCUGAUUCUACAUAAAUGUUGUCUUUAAAAAAAAAAAGAGUUUUUACUAAU